AUGAAGCGCUUUGCACACUUACAUUUGCCGGACAGUGAUAGUGACAGUGAGGAUAAGGGCCGGGUUGCUGCGAAACCCGCGAUCAGGGAAGGCUCCGAGCUGCAGCAGGAGUCACAAACUACGCCGGCUCAUUCUGCACCUGUUGCUUCAGCUUACUCUGUCGGAGAGGGCACGGGGCCACAGAAACAACAACAGCAGCAGCAGCAGCAGCAGCAGCAGGAAAACCAGUUGGAGGCAUCGUCUCGAAGCGUCAGCUUCCGGGUCGAAUCCAUAACAACGGCCUUGUCGCCGGGGAGAAGUGCAUUGGCUAUGACGCCGAAAGAUUCGCUGCCGCCCUCCGAUCCCAUUGUAAGAGCCUCAGUGAGUAUGAGGGAACGGAUACCGGCACCACCACCUCUAUCGAAAUCACCGGAAGAGGAGGUGGUAGACCCAGAAAAGGAAAGCAAUAGUGCUAUUGGCGAGGAUAAAGAAGUGACAGUUGAAUUAGAAACCUCCUGUAGACACCGUGUGACUAAGAGUGAUUGUGGGGACUUGAAUGUUGUUGAUGAGCCGCAUGCAGUGACAGAGGUGCCCGCUGUGAGGACUGUGUCGAGAACAACGGUGAAAAGUAUCUCAGUUUGUCAGAGCGCGAAUACCUCCACUCUGGAGAUGCCGACGCCGCGCUCGUCACGUGCUACCAAGUCGGAACGGUGGCCUCCUUUGCGGGGAAGUGUGCGGUGCGGGCUAACAGCCGACGGUCGUCAAACGUGGGUGCUCGUAUCCCCACGCCUUCGUGCGCAACCACAAGAGCAACAACAGAAGCAGCAGCACGCCGACGCCACGCAAGAGGCAUCUCUUACGUGGGUGGAAAAGGUCGUUGCGCCUCCGCCGAACCACCUUCCGAGGCGUGCGCUCGAUAUCGUUGCGGCGGUGCGGUUCAACCCAGGCCCUGGGGCCGCAUAUCCGCAGAGACACCCCAGCCCACGUGUGGUACCUCCUGCAAGUGGCAACCGCGCAAAGAGUCCUGCACGGCAGGAAAAGGUGCCACGACGCUUUGCUGUUCUCCCCGCGCCACGAGAACAACAGAAGAAUGUCCGGUGUGUCACAAGACAUAGCAACGACAUCACAGGCGUUUAUGAAGUUGGUCAUGAUGCCAAGGACCGUGGGGUAUGGGCGUUGCUGCGAAAGUGGCUCCUGCGUAAAUACAAUCGGGUUGAUGACGACUCACUCUGCGCGGAGCGCGAUCUCGCUGCGGCGUUGCAUGUGCGACAAAAGGCACUUGUUUCCGCAGCAGAGUCGCUACUCAAAGUGCUGCAGCCCGCGCUCACAGGUGAGGCAGGUGCCGCGACAUCGUCUUCGCGACCGUUUCCCCUCCCAAAUGGGUGGCGGGCGGUGCGCAGCAUGUCAAGUGCAUUGACGGAUCCACUUUUAACCGGGACUUCACGCUCUAUGCGCCGCAUCAGCGAACUCGCUUUUGAGACAGACAAUGGAGAAGACACGAUGUCGUUUGAGGUGUUCUCAGGAACAGAGGUAUCAAACUCUGGCCGCUUCAUGGUGGCUCAGAAGGAGCGGGACUCCCCGGCGGCCCCCAGUGGUCUUGGCAAUGAGGACGACGUGGCUGUCGAAGAGGUAGACUACUUGAAAGCCUUCUUCCACCUCGAGCCGCUCCCCCUCCAUGACGUGGAAGAUGCCAGUGGAUACAAUGGCUUUCUUCUUGGAGAUGGAAGUGCUGCUGUGUCUGGUGUAUCCCCACCAGGCACGACCUUNUGUGACGAGCCAGUUGGGCAGCGGCGGAAUAGUGUAGGAAGCAACAUUACUCUCUCACGCCAGCAGGGGCGGGAGGCUGCAGGGCUGUAUGGCCUGUGGUGUACAGUAGAUCCACUGAUGGAGAAUAUGCCAGACAAAUCGCAAUCACCGAUAACCGCGCGCAGCGGCCAAAAGAAACGACCGGAUGUCCAAGCACCACAGUGGUGCAUGCAGGUGUGUGGGGGUGCCGCGCCGCAACGGUAUCACCAACCUGUGCUCUCCUUGGAGAGCUCUGUCGAUUGCUUGAGUGUCACUUCCAUGUCUACUCGAAAGGGGGUUGCACAUUUCGAGGCUAUGUUUUUUCCACAGCCACCUGACGAUCCUUUGAGCAGGUUUAGCGUUAAUCAUGUGGAGGGUGCCGGUUCUGCAGCCGCUGCAGCGACCACAGCUCCCAUCUAUUCAAUUCCUCUUACACCUCAGAUCCUCAGUCCAGCUGAAGCCGCACGUUAUAGGCGGGUGCUUGUGCAGCAAAAGCCACAGACUGUAUUGCGACUACGAGAUGAAGAGCAAUUUGUUUUUGACAAGCACGUCAUUAAAGACGAGCUCUUUGUCCUGCUUUCGCGCGUCACGGUGAACACGAAGCAGAAGUAUGCACUCAAUGUGAUUGUGCAGCUUCUACCUUGUAGGCGUGUAGGCACGGGCGCUGAUGCCGCCAGAGAUUCCAACCUAUCUGCAGCGGAGCUUAUUGAUGUACCGUUGCUUCAUACAGACACGGCGGCAGCAGCCGCACGGAUUGUGCACGGCGCCACACUCACUUUCACCGCCAAAGGUGCUUUUCUCAAGGCGUAUCAGGCGCUGCUGUGGGCGAGCGAAAUCAACAUUACGGACGCCAGCCCUGCCUCUUCCACGCCACGUAAACUGUGCGAUACAAGUGGUGCAUCACCGUAUAUGACGCUGCGUUGUUUCGCAUCUCUUCCCAAAUUGGUGGAGGGUGCUGACACUGGGGUGUUUCAUGAGUGUUGUGUGCAGCACGUGACAUCGGUGCUUCUGCAAGAGCCGAGUUUCUUCAAGAAGUGGCCAUACCGGCUGGAGGACUUUGUGUUGGACGCGUCACCAAGCAGUGGCAGAUGCCGCCCGCUCGCCACAGCAGCGAUUCUGCCGCUCACGAACAUUGCCCUUACACCAGUCGUGGCGUUCGACGAGUACGGUGUCGUUUACCGUGCAGUGCACACACCAUCCUCGCAGGUGUUUGACGUCCGUGUUCUGCCGAGGCAUCGAACAAAACUUCUGUGGUCUGAUGCUGCAGAUGUGCGGGUCGACCCUGACAGAGAUGCGGCGCCAAGACGCGUAAUGGAGGCGGCGCUCGUGCUGGAGUAUGUGUCACACAUGCCGUUUCACAACCCUAUCGCAGCGGUGCUUUGUGAUGCGCACAAGUACUACAUUGUCCACGCCCCUGUUUUCUCGGCGCUCGCGGAAAAUAGAAGCGGUAGUAGCACCGCUGCUGUUACAGCUGCCUGCUCUGUCUCACCAUCUCAGAAGCAGACAGAGCAACAGCAACCCCAGCCGCAAAUUCACCACGGGGUGAUGACGCUUCGUAGUUUCUUGGACAACGUAUUGCACUCACCAAGCACUUCAUUGCCUACCCGUUGGGAACUUGCUCGCCUCCUCGCAGCACAGCUGCUCCUGGCCAUUGUCUCGCUGCACGGGAAGGGCGUCUUCCUGGGUCCCUGCUCCCCGAAGAGACUCAUGGUCCAGUGGAGCCCUUCAGCUACUAAUGGUAUUGCUGUGAGUGGCGGUGGAAGUGACAACGAUGGUACAAGAUUGGAAACAAGAGACUUUCAUCUGCUGAUUCCUUUCACUGGGGUCCAAACUGAUGCUUGGUUGUAUGAACGACAGCAGCCCGGUGUGAUAGAGUACAUCCCACCGCGUUACCUUUUUCGCACCGCCUACCACGCAGCACUUACGGAGCCUGCGACAGGCGGAUGGACAUUUGGGGACGAUUAUUGGUCGUAUUUGUGUCUGCUGUUUGAAUUGUUCGCAAUGAACGGUGCCUCACUCGUGGCGGUGCCACUGCAGCAACAGCUGCAGCCGUCGAUGUCGAAACCCCGCCGUACGGGUAGAGAGGUAUGGCAGCUGUGGAAACAUCUGUUCAAGGUGCCACCUCUGUCUUCCUCUUCAUUCUCAUCUUCCUCAUGCCCGCUGCCGCAUCGACCGAGUGGGGUUACACAUGUCCUGCAGCAGUACGUUCAGUCGCGGGUGGAAGCGUCCAUUUUGCCAGACGUUGAGGAGUGGCGGAUACUGUCAGAACAGCAGAAGUCAGCAACACGCUCGCCACGAACGCAGACGGAGAGAACUGAAGCGAACCUUAAUUCCGGCGCGUCGGGGGCAAUUUCUCUUACUGAUGCUUACGCAGCCGCCUUGCGCUUUAACAUUUCUCCAUUCGUUGUGGAACCGAAGAACAACGGAGACCGCGGCAGCAGUGUGGCGGCGGAAGCAGAAGCGGCACUAGAUGCUUCCCCAACGAACGCCUCCAUGCAGAUACUGACACACCUCUGUAAAACGCUUGUAAGCAUUUCUCUGAAAUCUACUGAGUCAGGUACCGACAAGACCGUCAGAAAGAUGGCUUCGGUUCUUCUCGCCCAUCCGUUCUUUCUGGGCAUUGACUUUACAUCGCUCUUCGAUGGAAGUCACGCUUUGCCGCACGCAGCAUUUCUCUGCAGGAAAUUACGGAGCAAGAAUGUUUUCAAUGAGACAAACACCAACGGUGAUAUGUUGAAUCGGCGAGCCUACUCUCCUAGGACUGGACAGCAGCAGCAGCAACAGCAAUCAGAGACCCGGACCGUCGCGGGCGUACAGGAAACCUACAUACCGCUUCUUUCUCUUCCUACGGAGUAUGAAGGAGGAGGUGUUGUAGGAGUGCCGAUGUCGAAUGGUGGCACCACACCGCCUCGCUCGUCACUUCGAAAUGCGCAUGGCCGCGUGGCGAGUGUCUACUCCGUGAGCGAGCUGGAGGAGCUGAGACGUUUACGUGAACGCGUGCGUUUGGCCGUGAAUAAUACGUCUUCAAGAGAAGCAGUGAUGCCGCGCACCAGUGAUGUGCAAGAGCCGGAUCAACAACAAUUGCAGACACAGAAACAACCGCAGCGUGGGAAUGAUUCACUGAGAGUUCUGACAUCCGCACAAGUCUCUUUCGCCGAGAGAAAUGUGGGAGCGGGAGCGGAGGGAAACGGCGGUGCCGCUUACACUCCCACAUGGCGGCGAUUGCCCUCGCAAAGAGGGAGUGUGGGAGAGAAAUAUGUAGGUGACCGUCACGAUGUGGGUUCGAGAGGACUCAUGGUGCCCCUUCCACAAGAUCUAACCAGCCGUUGCAACGACUACACUGCCUCGCAUCCAGGUCCUACUUUUGUGCUUGCAGACCCACUUCGAAACCACAAAGCCGGAAACAGGAAUCACGAAGAAAGAACUGUUCCGGUGGACGGUAAUGCUGGAGAGGCAGACGAGCGUGACAAGCGAUACAGCUGGCCGGAGGAGUAUCUGCAGGUUGCGAACCUGCAGAAGAAGGGGUCGCCCGCUUCACAACCGUUAUCAACUCCAUUAGAGAGGUUGUCUCUGCUCGCAGAGGGUCCAUCUUCUUAUGCGCCGAAGCUGCACGACCCUGAUAGGGAUAAAAAAGCAAAGGAAGACUUCCUUGUUCCCUCUGAUAGUGAAGGAGAAAACCGACCACACUAUGGGCAGAGGCGUGUGGAACAGCGACGGCACGACCCGAGAGAAUCCUUGCAUUCCCACAAUUCGUAUUGUAUCAGUCCCCAUGCCAACGGACUUGUUGAAAACACUGUCAGGUCAGAGACAAGUGGGCUUUUUUUUACACACAGCCGGAGGAGUGCCUCACGGUCACCACCAUUAUUACAAGGUGGAACAAGCGAAAGGACAGGGUGUAAAGAGAGGGCUGACGACGGCAGUGUGGUACUGGUGCCCUCAGACGAGGAAGAGCAGGUGUUGAGGAUCGAAAGGAUGCCAACCCGAAGCUCCAGAAACUCAUACACUGUAUCCCGCCAAUGGCACAGCAGUGUGAGUCACAGCAGCAGUAGUACAUAUAAAAGUUCCUCGAGAAUCAACUCCAUUUCGAUGCCGUCCAAGUCCAAAGAGGAGGAGCAGCACCAGUUUCAGCUCCGUGAUGAAAAUAUCGAGUGGGAACUUGUAGAAGAUGAUGACAUUGAAGAGGUUGGGAAGAAACCUUUCCUCCGCGCGGUAUGA